AUGGUUUAUGUGCAUGUUAUUCUAGGAGGAAGGAGGAAGGACGUGGAAGAUGUUGAAGAUGUUAAUGCUAUUGCUGCUGAAUCACUCCGCGAAAGGAGGAAGGUCGUGGAAGAAAAAGACGUAGUGGGGUUCGUGAAUGACUCGAACUUUGUGACUGAGAAGCUGAUGGAAGAAGGUGAUUUAGGUCGCAAAGUUGCUUCCAUAGUCGGCAUGGGAGGGUUGGGAAAGACCACUCUUGCCUGAAAGAUUUAUAACAACGAUCAAUUGAAGAAGGGCUUUCCUACUCGUGCAUGGGGUUAUGUGUCCAACGAUUACAGAGCCACGGAGCUUUUGCUGAGCCUUCUCAAGUGUUUGCAGUCCACGUCUGAAUAUGAUCUCUUCAAGAAAAUACGAGAUGAAGAUGAAUCUAUUGCUACAAGUGAGGAAAAGUUAAAAAGGAAGGUGAAAAAUUGCUUGAAGGGGAAGAACAAGUACCUAAUAGUGCUUGAUGAUAUAUGGAAAACUCAAGUGUGGAACAAGAUAGAGGAUGCCUUCCCAGAUGAUGAUCACAGCGUUGGCAGAAUAUUGAUAACUAGCCGCGAAAUGGAGGUCGCAAACUAUGUUGGAACCAUAUCUCCCUACCGCCUUCCCUUUCUCAAUGGAGAAGAAAGUUGGCAACUCUUUUCUAAGAAAGUAUUUCGAGGUAAAGCGUGUCCUCUUGAUCUGGAGCCUCUAGGCAGAUCCAUUGCCGAGAGUUGCAAGGGCUUGCCACUUGCCAUUGUGGUCUUAGCAGGACAUGUUGCAAAGAAGGAGAAAUCACAAAGAGAGUGGACAAGAAUCAAGAACAUCACUUGGCAUCUUACUCAAGACAAGAUGGAAGAGAUGUAUAUACUGAAGCUUAGCUACGUCAGCCUGCCUCAAAUAUUGAAGCCAUGCUUUCUGUAUUUUGAAAUCUAUCCUGAGGACUAUGAGAUCAGGGCCAGGGAUGUGAUCCAAAUGUGGAUGGCUGACGGGUUCAUUCAAUCACAUGAAGCUGGAAUUGCAGAGUACUACUUGGAAUUCACAUCAAGAGUUCACAAAUACAAGGAAUUAAGGUGA